AUGCAGGCCAAUACUAUGAGUUCUAUUGAAGUCAGUGAGAAUGUUCGUAGACGUAGGGCCACUGUGAACUUGUCACGUUCCCUUGGCUGUCAUAGAUCUACUUAUAACAGAAGGUGGAAUAAAAUGAAAGCUGCUUUCAUGAAAAAAUAUCACUUUCUUUCGUUCAGUGAGUUUGCUAAUGAAAGCACCCUAAAAGAAGUAAAGAGAGAAGUCAGUUGUAAUGAAAGUACUUCGACUAGUACACCGUCCACUAGCAACAUCAAUCAAAGGCUUUCACAUAAUAGUGGAUAUACUGAAGUGAACUUGUGCUCUCAAAAGUUCGUGAAUCGCAAAGAACUGAUGAACGACUUUAUGAUGUAUCUAAUGUCAAAUACAUCUCUGAGCAUAAGAGGUGCUGAUCGGGUUAUGUAUGGUCUACGAUUUCUUAUCCCGGACAUACCGAAAAGCAUCAGAGGUGUUCUGAAGACAUGUCCAAGUGUUCAACAAAAGUUCAUCGGCAGUGGGGUUUACUACCAUCUAGGAUUGAAAACCAAUCUGCUAAGAUACGUUGAGCUUUGGUUGUGUACUACUGAUUUUGACUCUUUAAAGUUAUAUGUCAAUAUGGAUGGACUUUCCAUGUCUAGAAGCUCCAAUCAACAGUUAUGGCCUAUACUAGGACGGAUCAUGGCCCCUCGGCUUAGUGACGUGUUCAUGAUAGGGAUCUACGGGGGGAAUAGUAAACCCGCAGAAUUCAACGAAUUUUCUGCGGACACAAUUUCUGAAAUAAAAGAAAUGACUAACGUGGGUCUUUUUAGUGUCAAGUUUAAUAAAUGCAUAGCUAUUCGGUUGGCGGCUGUUAUAUGCGACUCACCUGCUCGUUCCUCUGUUAGGUACACGGUGAAUCAUAACGGUGAUGCAGGUUGCGAUAGGUGUACUGUUCUUGGGAGACGGCUGGAGGGUAAGACAACCUUUCCAAAAGGGGUAUAUACUUUAAGAACAGACGACACCUUCCGUCGUCAGACUCAAUCUAUUCACCAUCAAGGACAUUCUGCAAUGGAAACGCUUUCUAUUAAUAUGAUUAUAACUUUUCCUCUAGAUCCUAUGCACAUGGUGCACCUUGGUGUUACAAAAAACUAGUUAAUUUAUGGAUAGAUUUAGCACGCCGAAGACUGCGGAACUUUAGCUCAUGUGUAAUUAGGGACAUAAAUAAUUUAAUAUCAGGUUGCGUGGCAAGUACUCCUUCUGACUUUCCCCGCAAAUGCCGCACACUUGACUUUGUAUCGGCAUGGAAAGCUU